AUGCGGACCCAAUCCCCAUGUCCUUUCUUCCCGCCCUCCCUCGUUUUCCCAGUCCCCGCAGACUGCGACCUGUAUCACGGCACGUGGCAGCCAGAUGCGGACCCAAUCCCCAUGUCCUUUCUUCCCGCCCUCCCUCGUUUUCCCAGUCCCCGCAGACUGCGACCUGUAUCACGGCACGUGGCAGCCAGAUGCGGACCCAAUCCCCAUGUCCUUUCUUCCCGCCCUCCCUCGUUUUCCCAGUCCCCGCAGACUGCGACCUGUAUCACGGCACGUGGCAGCCAGAUGCGGACCCAAUCCCCAUGUCCUUUCUUCCCGCCCUCCCUCGUUUUCCCAGUCCCCGCAGACUGCGACUUGUACCACGGCACGUGGCAGCCGGACACCGAACCUCCGCUCUACACCAACAACACGUGCGCCGCCAUAUCGCAGCACCAGAACUGCCAGGGCAACGGCCGGCCGGACAGUGGGUACGAGCGGUGGCGGUGGCGGCCGGGGGGGCGGGAGGAGUGCGGGGCGCUGCCGCGGUUUGAUGCGGUGGAGUUCAUGCACGUGAUGCGCGGGAGGAGCGUUCUGUUCGUUGGGGACUCUGUGGCGCGAAAUCACAUGGAAUCGCUCAUCUGCCUGCUCAGUCAGGUGAGCAGUGGGGGGAUGAGUCAGGUCUGGAGUGUAAAGGGUGACUCGGUGGAGUUCCUGCAGGUGAUGCACGGAAGAGAGAAGGGGGAGUGCGGGGCGCUGCCACGGUUUGACGCGGUGGAAUUCAUGCACGUGGAGACCCCCCACCUGCGAGGCAACAAGAACCUCAUCCGAAUGGUCUUCCCCCGCGCAAAGGUCACCAUAGCGCGCAUCUGGUCCGCAUGGCUCGUCCAAGAGUCCCCCGACCCUCCCCCCUCCGCGCUGCCCUCCGCCCCUGAGUCCCUUCCGCGCCUGCGCCUGGACAGAACGGGGGAGAAGUGGUGGGGGGGUGUAGAGCGGUAUGAUGUGGUGGUGCUGUGCACUGGGCACUGGUUUGUUAAGCCGGCGCUGUUUGUGGUGGGGGGACGCGUGGUGGGGUCGCAGGGCGGGUGUGUAGCAGAGCUGGAGAAGCGCAUGGAGGAGGAGAAAGAGGCCAAGUACCCUCCUCCGCAGGACUGCCUGCACUGGUGCCUGCCCGGGCCUAUAGACUCGUGGAAUGUGUUUCUGCUGCAGCUGAUCAAACGGCAGAGAGUAAUGGGGCAGGCAGGGGCGUAG